CAGAUUGACAGAUAUUUAAGUAGAGAGAGGUGGAUUUUAAUUCAUUUCACUGUCUUGAAGAAGCCCUGCAUCUCAGGCAGACUGUCGAACGAUUCCAAUCUGCUGAGAGAGAAGAAGUCUGUCUGAAUCUUCCCCCGGGGAGGGUAACAUCAGCCCUCGACAUGGACAACACAACACAAUUGGCCCUGACCCCUGUCAAUAACAACUUCACCAAGAGCAACUGUUCCCGUGACAACGUGCUGAAGACGGUGGUGUUUCCUGUUCUCUACUCCCUCCUCUUCCUGUUGGGACUGUUGCUCAAUGGCCUGGCAGUGUGGGUGUUCUUCAGCAUCCCCAGCCGCUCCCACUUCAUCAUCUACCUCAAGAACAUUGUGGUGGCAGACGUCCUCAUGACCCUCACCUUCCCCUUCAAGGUGCUGUCUGACUCCAACAUGGCGUCAGUGGGUCUGCGUGUCUUUGUCUGCCGUGUCUCCUCUGUGCUCUUCUAUCUCACCAUGUACAUCAGCAUCUUCUUCUUCGGCCUCAUCAGCAUCGACCGCUGCAAGAAGACCCUCCAGCCCUUCAAGGUGACCAACAAGGCCCGUUUGGCCCGCAGGAAGCUACUGUCUGUGGCUAUCUGGGCAUCCCUGCUGACCCUCUCCCUGCCCAACGUGAUCCUGACCAGCCACAGCCCCACCUCGGCCUACUUCAAGUGCAGUGGUCUUAAGACGGAGGCUGGGCUGCACUGGCAUGAGGUGGUCAACUAUGUGUGCCAGAUUAUCUUCUGGGGGACCCUGGUGACAGUGAUAGUGUGUUACACCCUCAUCACCAAAGAGCUGUACAGUUCAUACGCCCGAACCAGGGCUUGCCGUUCUAGCGGAGCCAUACACAGCGCUGGUACUGAUGGGGGUCAUGUUGAAGGGCAGCGCCAGUCCCGGAGGAAGAGCGUGAGUUCAAAUGUUUUCCUGGUGCUGGCCGUGUUCUUUGUGUGCUUCGUGCCGUUCCACUUCUCCCGCGUGCCGUACACCCUGAGCCAGACAAGGGUACACCUGUUUGACUGCAACCUCAAGCUGUUCUUCUUCCAGCUGAAGGAGAGUACACUCUGGCUGUCCUCCCUCAACUCCCUCCUGGACCCUCUCAUCUACUUCUUCCUGUGUAAGUCCUUCAGAACCACCCUGUUCAAGACCCUCCGUCUCCCACCUGGGACCUGCAGCUGGCUCACUGGGAGAGAGUCCGGCCCCAACACAGGGGAGGAUCAGAACCAAACACAGGAGACUCCCCUUGUAGACAAAUCUAUCUGUAUUUAGGUAACU